UUCUAUAGUAAAGAAUAGAAAUAUUCAACAAUCGAUUUACAAUGACCCUUUAAAUUACGAAAGGACAUAUGUGGAUGUGUUAUUGUUUUGUCUAACCAAAUUACGGAAGAAAAAAAAAAGAAAAACAAACAAAUGAAGGCACUGGCAGUCGUUUCCGUUUUCCUAAUUUCGUCUUUCUUUUGUCACAAUGUUGUUGUGUGUAUGAGAAUAUCGUCAGUUAGACCUUUAUCAUACCACAGAGAAAGAGUCUCUCUAAGUUUCUGAAAAUUAAUUUUUUUUUCAUCAAUCCAUAUUCAACGACAAUCUGUCUCAAUUUUGUUCGGUCCUUUUUAACAAAAAAAUUCGAAAGCAAUUUUUCAAAUUUCCCGCGAUUUUCAUACAUCAAAGAUGUCUCUCAAGCGUAUAUUUCCUGAACGCGGCAGCUACAAAGUAACAUCGCCAAACAAUUCGAUGCAAAUGGCUGAGAACAGGAAAAAGAGCAUUGAAUACGAGCAACCGAACGAAGUUCACUCCCAAACAACGAUGGCUACUGCGUCGGUAAUCCCGUCCUCUUCAUUAUCGACUUUGCCGUCAUCAACGCCAAUGUCACAAAAUCGAAGCAUAGAUUAUGAUGCAAUCGAGAUAGCACCAUCAAAUACAAAUAUGGGCUUACAAGGUUUACAUUGGGAAAAUCAAAAAAGUCAAAGAAAAGUCGAAUUUGAUAUCGACUCUGGGAGUCAUUCGUCGAAGGACAACAAAUGCGAGGAAUGUCUUAUUAAUUGUCUUUAUUACACGCAUGAAUGUUGUGACUGUGCCAUUUUAUGACGACUCUUUUAUUUCUUUUUGUUUUCCUUUUUUAGAAGAUUACACUUAGAGAUUUUACGAUAAGAAAUUCGUUCAAAGAAGAAGUGUUAUGUUAGUUACAUUGUAUUCUCGCAUUGUAAAAUAAAGAAUAUGUUUUAUGAAAAACAUAUACGUACACAUGUACUAUAAAGGUUAAUUUUCAUAAUACGUAAUAUAAAAUGUAAAUAUUUAAUAUUAAAAUGAGUAAUUUGAGUGCCAUUGAUAAGUAUAUCAUUCGUAUUAUCGAUUGCAUUCUAUUUUACCGACAUUAUUGUGGAUUGUUGUAUAUGUGUUUGUAUGCAUAAUAUAGUCUUAUUAUGAAAUACUUAUUUCUAUAUAUUUUUUUUCUCAU